CCGCGCUUACCUCGCGAGCCGAGGGCGGUACGAGGGGCGGUGGGGGUGCGGCGCGGUGCGGCAGUGAGGCGACGCUGGAGUGUGUGGCGGCGCGGGCGCUCAGCAUGGCUCGCCUGGUGCUAGGUCUGAUGAGCUGUACCCUGUUUAUAACAGUUAAUGGUCUGUAUUCGUCUAGUGAUGAUGUAAUUGAAUUAACCCCCUCAAACUUCAACCGAGAAGUUAUUCAGAGUGACAGUUUGUGGCUUGUAGAAUUCUAUGCUCCAUGGUGUGGCCACUGCCAGAGGUUAACACCAGAAUGGAAGAAAGCAGCAACUGCCUUGAAAGAUGUUGUCAAAGUUGGUGCAGUUGACGCAGACAAACAUCAGUCCCUGGGUGGUCAGUAUGGUGUUCAGGGAUUUCCUACCAUUAAGAUUUUUGGAUCCAACAAAAACAAACCAGAAGAUUAUCAGGGUGGCAGAACUGGCGAGGCCAUCGUGGACGCUGCCCUCAGUGCUCUGCGCCAGCUUGUGAAAGACCGCCUUGGCGGCCGGGGCAGUGGCUCCAGUUCUGGAAAACAAGGCAGAGGUGACAGUUCAAGUAAGAAGGACGUGAUUGAGCUGACGGACGACAGCUUUGACAAGAACGUCCUUGACAGUGAAGAUGUUUGGAUGGUUGAGUUUUAUGCUCCCUGGUGUGGACACUGCAAAAACCUAGAGCCAGAAUGGGCCGCGGCCGCUACAGAGGUAAAAGAGCAAACGAAAGGCAAAGUGAAACUCGCAGCUGUGGAUGCCACCGUGAACCAGGUUCUCGCCAGCCGAUACGGGAUUAGGGGAUUCCCUACAAUCAAGAUAUUUCAGAAAGGCGAGUCUCCUGUGGAUUACGAUGGGGGACGCACGAGAUCCGACAUUGUUUCCCGGGCCCUCGAUCUGUUUUCUGAUAACGCCCCACCUCCUGAGCUGCUUGAGAUUAUCAACGAGGACAUUGCCAAGAAGACGUGUGAGGAGCAUCAGCUCUGUGUCGUGGCCGUGCUGCCCCACAUUCUUGACACGGGAGCUGCAGGCAGAAAUUCUUACUUGGAAGUUCUUCUGAAGUUGGCGGACAAAUACAAGAAGAAAAUGUGGGGGUGGCUGUGGACAGAAGCUGGAGCCCAAUCUGAGCUAGAGAAUGCGCUGGGGAUCGGCGGGUUUGGAUACCCUGCUAUGGCAGCUAUUAACGCACGCAAGAUGAAAUUUGCUCUCCUAAAGGGAUCGUUCAGUGAGCAAGGCAUUAACGAGUUUCUCAGGGAGCUGUCUUUUGGGCGUGGAUCUACGGCCCCUGUAGGCGGUGGGGCUUUCCCUGCCAUCAGCACCAGGGAGCCUUGGGAUGGCAAGGAUGGCGAGCUUCCCGUGGAAGACGACAUUGACCUGAGUGAUGUGGAGCUGGAUGACCUGGAGAAGGAUGAGUUGUGAGAGGCUCCGCAAAGACUUCAGCUUUCUUUUCUUGGGAGCAGAUUUUCCUGCAGUAAAGGAACGUCCUUUCCAGUCCAAGGGACCUACCAGUGGCCUUUUUAACCGAGAAGUAACCCUUGACUGGUCAUUUGAAAACACUGCAACAGUGAACUUCUGCAUCUCAAGAAAACAAUGAAAAAUUCUAUGAAUUGUCGUAGCCAGUGAAAUGAGUUGUAUCCUGUCAAGUAAUAUUUUGAAGAAAACUGAUGGGCUGUUGAAGCAUUUUUCCCUCCCUCUGACUUGCUGCUUGGAUGUUCUUGGAGGCUGUUUCUUACAUACAAGUUUUUUAAUGUGAUCAUUUUCAUUUGAAUAUUAAUAGCUUUUUUUCCAUUAAAGAAUAAAAUAAUAUUUUGGACAAUGCCAAUAAACGUAUGAAAUCAGUGUCCACAUGGUAAAUUCAGAGUGCGGUAUUCAGCCCGUACAUUAUUAUUGUGAAGGGACGACCUUGACGUUUGUCCUCCCUGUAACCUGUGGCUCACGUGACACCGUCUGGAUGCCUGCUGUCACACAGGUCUUACCUGUGACCCCCAAGGCCGGGGUCCAGUUGUAAAUGUGGAAGGUAAAGCGAGUUUAUAUAGAAGGAUGAGGAAGAGUGUGGAUCAUCAAGUGGGAACUGUCCUCCAUGCCCAAUCUUUUGUCUUUGAGCCAUCACUAGCAACUACUAGGGAAAAGAGCUGGUUAUACACUUAGCCCAAGGUUUUUGAUAUGUUAUUAAACCUUCACAGCGUGUCCCGUUAAGACAUGAAAUACAGCAGCAGGUUACCAAUUGAUAGGAAGUCCCCAUUCAUGUAAGACCUUCAGAAAACUCAACUUUUAAAUUACGUUAGAAUAUAAGGGAAGAGACAAUUCAAAGGACUGAGAACAUUUCUUUAUUGUAACUUACAAAAAAUAAAUACAACUGUCACUAA